AUGCGUGGGGCGUGGUGGCGCGGGCGGGCGGCGCGGCGCGGCGCGGGCGCGCUGGCGGUGCUGGCGGCGCUGCUCACGCUGCGGCUGCCGCGCACCGCGCGCCUCGACGCGGACUUCCCGCAGCACUCGCCCGCGCACCUCGCGCACUUUCUCGCCGACUUCACUAACCAUCCCAAGCUCUACCCUCAUCUGUCGGGGUCGUGGUGGAUCGAAGACGAGUGGAACAACUACACGAUGUGGCGCUACGCGGUGGGCUACGAAUGCGGCGAGCGCUGCGCCGGGCGCGCCACGCUGGAGCACCGCGCGGGUGCCGCGCACCGCCUGCUGCUCAGCGACCAGCGCUGCCAGCACCUGCCAUGGCUGCCCUGGCCAAGUUUCUGCGAGUACUCGGAGACGGAGACUGAGAUCACAGCGCGUGGCGGCGGCGGCGCGCGCCUGCGCGAGGAGACGCGCGAGCGCUGCGGCGCGGCGGCGCUGCUGCGCGGCUGCGCGCCCGCCGAGCGCCGCCGCCGCCACCUGCGCGCGCUGCGCCGGGCGCUCGCCGCGGAC